AUGCAAUCACCAUCGAAUAUAAGACGAAAUUCUACUAAUAAUAACGAAUUAAAAAUUACAAAUGAAAAUACUGAUGAUAUUCAAAUACCACCUCCAUCAUAUACAAGUGUUAUUUAUAAAUUAGAAAAUCCAUCAUUUCAAAAUGAUAAUAAUUUUUUACCAUUACCACCAAGUUAUACCGACGUAAAUAAUCCACAUGUUUUCUAUAUUAAUAAUUAUCCUGGACCACCAUUAGAAGAUGGUAUUGUACAAAUAAGUUCUUCUAAUCCUAUUCUAAUUCAUCAACCUAUGAUAAUAUCACGUCCUCUAUCAAAAAGAAUGCGAAUUUACUUUAAUGUUAAUACGCUACUAAUGAUAUUAUUUGGUAUUGUAAUAAUUGGUCUACAAAUUGGAUUAAUAGUAACACAUUCAAUUGUAUUUUACUAUUAUGGUUUUUGGGCUGGUGGUGGUAUUAUUUGUGUUGGCGCAUGUACAAUUAUAUUUAGUAAGCGUUCUCAUCAAUUUAAUCUAGUGAAAUAUUUUCAUUCUUAUGUAUGGCAAACUGUAUUUUUUGCUGUUGUACUUGGUUUUGGUAUUAUUGUUGUAUCAGUAGAUAAAUGUGAUGAUAACUUAUCAGCAAGUGAUAUUAAUAAUGGUGCCUGUAAACGUUCAUAUAGACUACUUAAUGGUUUAUUAUUAGGUUUCGUUUCAUUAACAUUUUUACAAUCGUUAAUCAAUACAUUAAUUUUGGGUACUAUGAAAAGCCGGCGUAUGAAUAUUUAA